CUGUGGUUUCUGCAGGCACAGGACAGGGCACAGACCACGUAGGCUGGCCAGCAGGGUGCCUGCCAGCGUUCUCAGCGACAUGCUUUGUUCUGUGUUUGGGAUCCAGGUGGUUGAGAUCUCCAGCCUGACGGAGCACUUGCUGACAGAAUGUGACAAGAAAGAAGGGUUUGGGAAGUGUUACCGCUGCAGCGAGGCCAUUUUAAAAGAAGAGCUGCCGAGACACAUAAAAGCCAAGAGUUGUAACCCUGCCAAACCAGAGAAGCUGGCAAACCGGUGUCCUCUGUGCCAUGAGAACUUCACACCAGGAGAAGAGGCCUGGAAAGCUCACCUGAUGGGCCCAGCUGGCUGCACGUCGCACCUGCGUAGGACUCACCUUCUGCAGAAGGCCCUUGUGCUACCGCCAGGGAAAGGCUCCGUAACAGCCAAAGCAGGGACCUCAGGAUCAAAGGUUGGAAGCAAGAUCCCUACCCCGAAGGGAGGCCUGAGUAAAAGCUCCAGCAGGACACACACAAAGCCGUGACGUGACAGACAUUCUGUCUCCUUUGUCUACCUAAGGGACUGAGCAAGUGUCCUGACUCAUAACCAUUUCUCCUAACUCUUUUGCACUUGGCAACCCCGUGCUCCGUUCCUGCUGUCCCUCAGCUGUGCUCAGCCGCUUGUGAGUGGGUGCCCCGUCAGCUCUCGUGGCACAGUGUGUGUAGAACUGACCCAGAGCAGCCCUCAUCCAGCUGUGUGCAGCUUUUGGGCCUCUCUCAGGCCAUGAUCAGACCCAGAAGAGCAGUUGUUCUGCUGGAGAAAGCCAGAAACCAUUGCCUGGAAGGGAACCAAAGCAGUGGACAGGUAGGGUCAGCACAAGCGUAGCACUCUCUCUCCUCAGUUGUUGGAAGUGAUUGCCAUAAAAUGUUCACUGUCAACCUUUUGCAUAUUGGUCUCUGUCACACACGGUAGGAUUUCCACACAGGCAGGACCUUGGCUCAGCAGGGCAGUGGUACCAGGAGAGCGACAUCUGCAUGAGCAUGUCUCACUGUGCCUUUUGUCCCCACAGGCCCUUUCUGUUAGGUUUUCUGCCUAGUGCACUCACUUA